AUCGCUGUCCUCACUUCAGCAGGGCUUCAUUAUCAGCAACACUCAUUGUACAGCUUUUGGUGGAAGGAAGAAAAGAAAGCAGCACUGGGAAUGAGGCUCUCUGGAUCCUUAUUUGUUCUUCCUCUCAUUCACAGUGCUUUGCCGCUGGCAGACACUGAAAUAUUUUUAAUAUAUCAUAAAGUCAGCAAACUCUGUCUUCAGGCUUCUAUUGCACUCAGAACUGCCACUUGCCAUCAAGACAAUGAAUCACAAAAAUUUAUGUGGAUUACUGAUCAUCAGCUCAUAAGUGUGAGACUGAACCUAUGCUUGGGUGUUCCACUGAAGGAAGAUGAGGUUGCGAUCACCCUGUUCCCAUGUAACCAAACAAGUGAGCUCCAGUGGUGGGAAUGUAGAAAUGAAAGCCUUCUUGCAAUCCAAGGCGAAGACUUGUUUUUCAGUCCUGGAAAGGAAGAACAUGAUAAUGUUGUACUAAAGAAGAGGCUGAGUCCAAAGAAUAAUUGGAAGAUCUAUGGGGCCAUGGACGUUUUAUGUUCCCAGAGAUACGAAGAGAUCUUUACAUUGCUAGGAAAUGCUUUUGGGGCACCUUGUGUGUUUCCUUUCAUGUACAAGAAGCAGUGGUGUGCUGGGUGCAUGACCGCUGGCCGCUCAGAUGGCUGGCUCUGGUGUGCAACGACUGCAGACUACGACACAGAUCAGUGAUAUGGAUUUUGCCCAUUAAAAGACAUAGAUACCACUUGGACUACAGAUCUGUUAAGAAAUGUCCACUACCAAAUAAACUCUGAAUCUGCUCUCACAUGGCACCAAGCAAGGAAGAGCUGUCAGCAACAAAAUGCAGAAUUAUUGAGUAUCACAGACAUUCAUGAACAAACAUACCUUAAAGAGUUAACAGAAAGUACAGAUUCUGCACUGUGGAUUGGCCUCAAUAGACUGGACUUGAAGAGUGGCUGGGAGUGGAUUGGAAACACUCCGUUCCAGUAUUUAAACUGGGCUCCAGGAAGCCCCUCUCCAGAAUCCGGAAAACUCUGUGUGGUUUUGAAUCCUGAAACAAAAGCUAAAAAAAGAAACUUUACCUUGAUACCCUCAGGUGACAUUGGGCCUAUUACUUGCCCAGAUAGAUGGUUAUCAUAUGUCGAUCACUGUUACAAGAUCUUCAGGGAAACUAAAGGAUGGCAAGAAGCUUUGACCUCCUGUCAGAAUGAAGGGAGUCACCUGGCCAGCAUCCAACACCUUGAGGAGCACAGCUUUAUAGUGUCUGGGCUUGGGUACAAGCCAACAGACAAGCUCUGGAUUGGGCUGAAUGAUCAUAAGGUUCAAAUGUUUUUUGAAUGGAGUGAUGGUACACCAGUGACAUACAGUAAAUGGCAUCUGGGAGAGCCAUCCAGCACCAGCAACAGGCCAGAAGAUUGCGUGAUGAUCAAGGGCCAGGAUGGCUAUUUUGCGGACUCUGACUGUGUGAAGAAAGCUGGUUAUAUUUGUAAAAGAAAACCUAUAUCACAAAUAGCUGGAGAAAAGGAAAGUACUGAUGUAGGUUGCAAAAAAGGAUGGAGAAGAUAUGGGACUUACUGUUAUUUUAUUGGACAUGUACCAGCAACAUUUUCUGAAGCAAACAGCGCUUGUGAAGGAGAAAAAGGUUACCUAACCACAGUUGAAAGCAGGUAUGAACAAGCCUAUUUGACUAGCCUUGUUGGGCUGAGGCCUGAGAAAUAUUUCUGGCUUGGUCUCUCUGACAUGGAGGACCAAGGAACUUUCAGGUGGAGCAGUGGUGAAGAUGUCUCCUUCACGCGCUGGGAUGCAGCAAUGCCUGGAAGUAAACCAGAAUGUGUUGCCAUGAGAACUGGAACUGCAGCUGGACUAUGGGAUGUUCUUGACUGUGAGUCUAAGCAAAAAUAUAUCUGCAAACAAUGGGCAGUCGGUGCAACAGCCCUACCUAUUCCAGUGACUGCUCCAGAACCCACAUGUCCUAAAGGCUGGAUAUCAAAUGACGAUUCUAGUUCCUGCUAUAAAUACUUUUGCAGAUCAGAUAUUAAAAAGAAAUCAUGGAUUGAAGCUCGAGAUUUUUGUAGACAAAUUGGAGGGGAUCUGGCCACCAUUAACAAUGAGGAGGAGAAAAAAAUGAUUUCAAGAGCAAACAGUCACUGUAGUUCUGAAAGAACUUGGCUUGGUAUAUUUUCCUUGAAUCCAGAUGAAGGAUUUGCCUGGAGUGAUGGCUCUCCAGUUAGGUACACAGACUGGAGUGAUCAUCCAAGAAGUUCAGGAGGACACAUGUACUGUGGUGUAAUCAAUGGUAGAUCUUCUUCUAAGCAAUGGCUUCCUUCGCUCUGUGAAGAACAGCAUGACUGGAUUUGUCAAAUUAAAAAAGGAGUGAUGCCAAAACCUGUACUAACUGACACAUAUGAGUAUAAAACCACUGUGGAUGGAUGGGUCAUAUACAAAGAUAAGCUAUACUACAUCAGCAAAGAACAAGUCUCCAUGGAAGAAGCCCAAGAGUUUUGCAGGAUGAAUUCUGCUGACCUGGCUGUUAUUAGUACUAAUAGUGAGAGGAGGUUCCUACAGAGAGCUCUGAUUAAAAAAUGCUUGUGGAAUGAUGUCAACUGUGGUACCACCAAUAAAUUUGUGUGUGAAAGGCAUAAUAGUUCAAGUAAUUCAGCAUUUGCUUCUCUGUUGCCUCCUGGAGGAUGUCCAGAAAGUUGGCUUCUCUUCAACAACAAGUGUUUCAAAAUAUUUGCCUCCAAUACAACAAGAAAGCUGGCGUAGCAUGAUGCACGAGAAGUUUGUAUCAAUCUGGGAGGAAACCUGGCUUCCCUACCAAAUGAGCAAGUGCAAGCUUUUGUCUACUAUCAUUUAAAGGAUGCUACAACCAAUGUUUGUGUUGGGAUGAAUGAUAUCAACAGAGAGUCCACAUUUCUUUGGGCAGACGGGAGCCCCAUUUCCUAUACCAACUGGGUUGAAGGUGCACCAGAGACAAAACAAACCUACUUCAAGUAUUAUCAGUUUGAAUUGCUGGAAGACAACACUGUGGAGACAGAUUGUGUUUUCAUGACAAAAUUAGAUGGCAAAUGGAAAGAAGAUAGCUGUGACAACGAGAGAGGCUACAUAUGCCAAAUGAAUUCACUUACCACACAAUAUAACUUACCAGCAACAAAUCUAUCCUCUGACUUUGUCCACUAUGGUGAUGGUGGCUAUCUAAUUGUCUCAUCUAAAAUGCAAUGGGAAGAGGCCAGAAAAAACUGUCAAGACCAACAUGCAGAACUUGCAAGCAUUUUAGAUGCCUACAUCCAUUCAUUCCUUUGGAUCCAGAUGCUGAAAUAUGGAAAGCUUGUGUGGAUUGGUCUUAACAGCAAUAUUACUAGGAGCUAUUACAGAUGGACUGAUAACUGGAAAACCAGAUUCACUAAGUGGGCAGCAGGGGAGCCAAAGAAGAAAAAUGCUUGUGUCUAUCUAGACCUUGAUGGUACCUGGAAAACAGCACCCUGCAAUGAAACAUACUUCUCAAUUUGUAAGACAUCAAGUGUUUUAGCUCCAACUGAGCCUGCUCAGCUGCCUGGAGAAUGCCCUGAAGCAGCUGACCUGCAAGCCUGGAUCCCUCACCACGGGCACUGCUACUACAUUGAGGCAUCAGCUGGGACAAGCUGGACCCAGGCCUCCCUUGAGUGCACUCAUUUAGGUGAGAGGCUUCUUUGUCAACGAAUGAGAUCUCUACAGAGGACUUAUAGAAAUUCCACACAGACAUGUGAAAACAUUGAUUUUAGAAUACCAUUAAAAAUAUUUAUUUUUGAACCAAGUGGGAGUCCUCUACUGCAGAAAGACAGGGAAAGAAAUGAAGAGACUCAUCCACCUGUUCAUCCCUCUGUUUGGCCUCUCUUUUUCUUGGCAAUUCUCAGUCUUCUUGGAGCUGGUGUGUUAAUCUAUAUCUACAAGAGAAAAAGACGAAACCAACUAUCAAGAGAUUAAAACGCUCCUAAAUGAUGUGUUGGUUCAUUAAGGAAUUGGUGAGAAUGGGUUCUGUGGCACAAGCUAAUUUGGGGGAGGAAGUUACUUGCUGAAAUCGAAGGACGUAUCUGUUAAAUGUCUCUAGUGAGGAAACCCGCAAUCUUAAAUCAAAUCCUUUUUUUCGUUUUGCAAUAGCAGCCUCUUUUGUAUCACGCAUAUUUUACAAAAUCAGAAUUACUGAGUUAUGUUAUAAUUUUGUAACAGUCAAGAUGUUCCCCUUAUGAGCCUUAGCAAAAAUGGUAAUGUAAAUAUCUUGUCAAGAAAAGAAGAACAUAGUGAAAAAAGCAAUGUCAACUUGUGAGAAUAAGCAUUCAAUAAAAUGUGGUUACUGUUAAGAACUGGAUUCCCAUGGCAAUGCAAAGAAAUGAAAAAAAAAAAAUUUACAACUGCUCAGAUUUUUGCAAUUGUAAAAUCCUUUUGCCCCAUAAACUUUGUUCAAAAUGUCCACCUGUUUUAUUGUUCCUUAUAGCUGUUCCUCUUGCACUUAUCUGAAAAAAUGGAGCGUCAUAUACUUGUUUCAUAUAACUUUGGGAUAUAAAACUAGUGGAAAUGCUAAGUCAUGGCUUGAACCAGUGAUUGAGCACCUGGUGGGAAGGCAGGGUCAACCCAGAGUUGCCCAGGUGCAUGCAAUGUACCUGAGUGACUGGAAGGGAUGGAGCCGGGAUCCAGUCCUUCCCA